AUGGAAGGCAUGGACUAUUAUCUAUCGAGCGAUUCGGAUUUGAGCUCCGCGCCACCAUCAUUGCGGUCCUCGCCUGAUCGGUACCUGACGCCGUCAUCUCAGGAUACUGAGGAUUCGACGCGCCAAGACUGCCCUCCGCCCGCGAAGAAGCGGAGACGCAACCCCCUGCCCAAAGAGCGUACCACUCAGUAUCUCUAUCUAUCCAAGUCCUCCUACGAGCAGCCAGAUCAGGUGAAAUUGCUCGUCGACACUCUCCGCCACCAAAAGGACAUUGUCGCCAUUGCCGGCGCGGGCAUCUCCACCUCGGCGGGUAUUCCCGAUUUUCGCUCCACCGAUGGUCUGUUCAAGUCUUUGCAGAAGAAGCACAACCUUAAGGCUUCUGGAAAGCUACUUUUCGAUGCUGCCGUCUACCAGGAUGAUGCCCUAACGGGCCCCUUCCAUGAAUUGGUGCGGUCGCUGUCCGUUGAGGCGGCCAAGUGCCAGCCCACCAAAUUUCACGAAAUGCUCGCCAGUCUCGGCCAGGAGAACCGACUCAAGCGGUUGUACACCCAGAAUAUCGACGGCCUCGAAACUUCCAUGAAGCCCCUAGAGACCGAGAUCCCACUCAGCAUUAAGGGUCGCUGGCCCGUCACGAUCCAGCUCCACGGUAGUAUCACCAAGAUGGUGUGCCAAAAGUGUCGCCAUCUCGAGAACCUAGAACCCGACAAGUUCUGUGAAGCUGACCCGCCCGAUUGCGAAGAGUGCGCUGGCAACGAUCGAGCCCGCAUAGGAGCAGGCCAACGGAGUCACGGUGUUGGGCGCAUGCGUCCGCGCAUCGUUCUUUACAACGAGCACAACCCCGACGAGGAGGCGAUCACAUCCGUCAUGAAUGCCGAUAUCAAGUCCCGCCCUCGCGUUUUGAUUGUCGCUGGCACAAGUCUGAAGAUUCCCGGUGUUCGACGCCUCGUGAAGAGUCUCUGUACGGUUAUUCGCAGCCGCAAGGACGGCGUGACCAUGUUCAUCAACAACGAGCCGCCAGCAGGCAAGGAGUUUGAGAAUUGCUUCGAUCUGAUUGUACAAGGCUCUACCGACGAUGUCGCCGAUCUGGUCAAGCUAAAGAGCUGGAAGGACCCUCAGCCCUACGACAGGCCGCUGCCAGAGCCCGUCUUCGGAAUCAAGCCUGGUUCCGACGAGGAGCUCUCCUCGUCAGAUUCCGAACAGAAUGUGUCCGUGGUUAUUACCUCCACGCCCAAGAAGCGUCCUCGCAGCGACACUGGCUUGAUGACACCCUCCUCCUCUCACGACGAGAGACCCGUGGCUAAGAAGCUUACCCAGCGAAAGAUCAACAAUCCGGCUAGCAGUGGUCCAACCAUCGACAGCUUGCUCAAGAAGGAUGGCAAGCCAGUCGCGACAACUAAGGGCGGCCGCAAACCUGCAUCGAAGUCUGCUCCCCCCAAGAAGCGCGUCCUUAAGGGCAAGACCGGGCCUGCGGCUAGCAAGCCCAUUUCCUCCUUCGCCACUGUCAGCAAGGCGAAGAGUGUCACCGUUUCUGUUAACAAGAAACUUAGCCUACUACCACCUGGUGCCGCUAGAGCUAAUGGCUCGGGCAAGCCAGAGUCCAUGUUCCCUGGACUCAAGGUCGGCAUUCAAGCGCCCCUAGUCGAGGAAGUGACCACCGGAUCAUCCUAA